AUGGUUGGUCUUUCGCGUGUGUUGGCCAGCUCAUGGCUGUUGCCCGCGGUGUACGGGGCGACGCAGAUAUCCACGUCGGCGUAUGUUCAAACCACCCUGCCCGCCAGUGUCGAUAAUGGUGAGAACUUGUUAGCCAACAUUGAUGACCCCAACGCGAUCAAUGCUCAGUCCGCGUGUCCGGGUUAUCGCGCCACGGACGUCAAGACCUCGACGCGAGGGUUGACGGCGACAUUGAAGUUGGCUGGUAAGGCUUGCAACGCCUACGGUGACGAUGUGGAAACGCUUGACUUUACGUUGGAGUAUCAGUCGGCCUCGCGCGUGAACAUCCAGAUCACGCCCUCCUACGUCGAUGCCACCAACGCGUCGUGGUAUCAGCUCUCCGAGGACGUGGUUCCGCGUCCCAAGGCCGAGAAGGAUGCCAGCGCCAAGGAUAGCCAGCUCGAUGUGACCUGGACCAAUGAACCGUCCUUUGGCUUCAAGGUGGCCCGCAAGGCCACCGGAGAUGUCCUAUUCGAUACGACGGGCUCAACGCUGGUGUACGAGAAUCAGUUCAUUGAGUUUGUCACCGGGUUGCCCCAGGACUACAACUUGUAUGGUCUGGGUGAGCACAUUCAGCAAUUGCGUCUGCUGAAGAAUGCUACUCUGACUCUCUAUGCCGCUGAUACGGGUGAUCCGAUCGACCAAAACACCUACGGAUCGCACGCCUUCUACUUGGACACUCGCUACUACGAGGUCAACGGUCACGGUCACCACACUCUGAUCUCCAGCGACCAGGCCAAAGCCCACAAGAACUACGCUUCAUACUCUCAUGGCGUCUUCCUGCGCAAUGCCCACGGCCAGGAGGUCCUUCUCGGCGAUGAGAAGCUCACCUGGCGCACUCUGGGCGGAAGCAUUGACUUGACCUUCUACGCCGGACCGACCCAGCGAGAGGUGACCAAGGACUACCAGCUGAGCACCAUUGGCCUGCCCGCCAUGCAGCAGUACUUUACCUUUGGUUAUCACCAGUGCCGCUGGGGCUAUUCCAACUGGUCUCAGGUGGCCGAGGUCGUUGCCAACUUUCAAAAGUUUGAGAUUCCUCUGGAGAAUAUCUGGAACGACAUUGACUACAUGAAGGGUUAUCGGGACUUUGAGAAUGACCCAGAGCGCUUCGCUUACGACGAGGGUGCCGAGCUUCUGGACAAGCUGCACAAGAGCGGCAUUCACUACAUUCCUAUCGUGGACUCGGCUCUCUAUAUCCCCAACCCGGACAACUCUUCUGAUGCUUACGACACCUAUACACGCGGUGCGGAGAUGGAUGUCUUCCUGAAGAACCCCGACGGUAGCACCUACAUCGGUGCCCCCAACUCUACCGAGUUUUGGUCCAACGAGCUGGUCGAGUGGCACGGCAAGGUUGCCUUUGACGGUAUCUGGAUUGACAUGAGCGAAGUUUCCUCUUUUCUGGUCGGCAGCUGUGGUACUGGCAAGCUCAGCCAGAAUCCCGUUCACCCUCCCUUCUCUCUGCCCGGCGAGCCUGGAAACGUCCUCUUCGACUACCCCGAGGCUUCAACAUCACCAACGCCACCGAGGCUGCCUCUGCCUCUGCCGGAGCGGCCAGCCAGGCCUCUGCGGCUGCUAGUUCGGCCGGCACUGCAUCCGCCACGACUACGCCGUACUUGCACACCACCCCGACCCCGGGCGCGCAACGUCAAUCAUCCUCCCUAUGUGAUCAAUCACGCACAGACCGGCCACGAUCUCGCCGUGCAUGCCGUCUCCCCUAACGCGACUCACCACGAUGGUGUGCAAGAGUACGAUGUUCACAACCUCUUUGGCCACUCGAUCCUCCGUGCCACCUACGAGGGUCUUCUCAAGGUCUUCCCCAGCAAGCGUCCAUUCAUCAUCGGCCGCUCCACCUUUGCCGGAACCGGUAAAUGGGCUGGUCACUGGGGCGGUGACAAUGCCUCCAAGUGGGCCUACAUGUUCUUCUCCAUCCCCCAGGCACUCCAGUUCUCUCUCUUCGGUAUCCCCAUGUUCGGUGUCGACACCUGCGGCUUCAACGGCAACACCGACGAGGAGCUUUGCAGCCGCUGGAUGCAGUUGUCCGCCUUCUUCCCCUUCUACCGCAAUCACAAUGUGCUCUCUGCGAUCAGCCAGGAGCCAUAUCAGUGGGCUUCCGUCACCGAGGCCUCCAAGGCUGCCAUGAAGAUUCGUUACGCCCUUCUGCCGUACAUGUACACUUUGUUCCAGCAGGCGCACACCACUGGAUCCACCGUCAUGCGUGCCCUGGCCUGGGAGUUCCCCAAUGACCCUACUCUGGCGGCGGUCGACACUCAGUUCCUUCUGGGACCCUCUCUCAUGGUGGUUCCUGUGCUGGCUCCCCAGGCGGAUUCCGUCAAGGGUGUCUUCCCCGGCGUCAAGCACGGCGAGGUUUGGUACGACUGGUACACUCAGACCACCGUCGAGGCCCAGCCCUACGUCAACACCACCAUCCCCGCUCCACUAGGAGCCUGCUCUGACCACCCGCGAUGCCCGCAACACCCCUGGACUCUGCUCACGGCUCUCGGUGAGAAGGGCGAGGCCACCGGUGAGCUCUACCUCGACGACGGUGAGAGUCUCCAGCCCAACGCAACCCUCACGGUCACCUUCAAGGCUACCAAGUCCAGUCUCCAUGCGGAACCCUGCGGUAACUGGCGCGAGAAGAACCCCCUUGCCAAGGUUGACAUCUUGGGUGUGACCCACAAGCCUCAUGCGGUGACGCUCAACGAUAUAGCUAUCCCUGCUUCGUCUGUUCACUAUAACUCUACUUCUAAUGUCCUGUCCGUUACUGGACUAGAGAAGUUGACCACCAAGGGUGCCUUUGCUAGCAGCUGGGUCAUGAAGUGGUAG